AAGCAUUAACUUCCAACGGCUCGUCAUAGCAUUUGAUAUUCAUUUUUCAAAAGGCUAAAAAUAAUCUAAAGCGAACUGUAAAAUUUGAUAUUCUUUUUUCAAAAAGCGCUAAUCUAAGAUCACAGCGAGGAAAUGGCUGUUAACGUGUAUUCCACCAAUGUGACGAGCGAUAAUAUGUCGCGCCAGGAUAUGCUGGCCUGGGUAAACCAAUCCCUGCAAUCGAAAUAUACCAAAAUUGAAGAACUGUGCACUGGUGCUGCCUAUUGUCAGUUCAUGGCUAUGCUCUUUCCAAAUUCAGUGCCCAUUAAGCGCGUCAAAUUCCAAUCAAAUCAGGAACACGAAUAUAUACAAAACUUUAAGAUCUUGCAGGCGGGCUUCAAGAAGAUGUCCGUUGAUAAGAUAAUACCCAUUGAUAGACUGGUAAAGGGUCGCUUCCAAGACAAUUUCGAGUUCUUGCAAUGGUUCAAAAAGUUCUUCGAUGCCAAUUAUAAUGAUGAACAGGAUUACGAUGAGUAUGAUGAUAGUGAGGAGGUGCCAGAGACAAAGCCCACAACUAAGGUGACGCCACGCACAGGUAAUGAGAAACCGCAAAAAAAAAUAAAGCCAGGACCGAUUGCCAAGAAAAGUUAUAUGAACGAAGCAGCGGCUAAGGAUCAGCAAAUCGCGAAACUCACUAGUCGUAUAAUGGCCUUAGACAUAACUGUCGAAAGUCUGGAAAAGGAGCGCGAUUUCUAUUUCUCUAAGCUACGCAAUAUUGAAAGAGUUUGCCUGGAGGCCGAUGGUGGUGUGCCAACAACAAUGACUCAAACGAUUUAUGACAUACUCUAUACAGUUGAGCCGUAUAGUUUUGAACAACCAGACGAUGCACCAACAGACGAUGCAGCACAAGAAGAAGAAGAAGAGUACUAAAGUUAUACGAUAAACGCUUCUACGUUAAUUUGCUUGCUGCAUACAUAACGGCAGAAAUAAAACAUCCGAUACAUAACGGCAUACAUGAAAUAAACAAAAGAUUCGAUGAUUAACGGCAUACAUUACAUAAAAACUACAACUGAAACCAACGAAGCAUAAAUUAUACAAAAACUGUUCAAAUGCUUACCGAUAGUAACAAAAUAUAAAUUUCAUUCUUACUG